AUGGUGCACGAACCGAGAGUCAGCAAGGAUCUAGACUUCCGAUACCCAGAAUUUUCGGCGGUGCGGAUGGCUCGGUGGCUGCCUGUUGUAUUUCUGGUGGCCUCCUGCUUGAUCCUUCAGUGCAACGCCAGAGCCCACAGCGGGCGUGAUCCCUUGCGCCCUAUUUUGGAGCGCAUCGCCGUCGAUAAGACGGUCAUCCUCACACAGGCGUCUUGCCCAUACCUGGACUUUGCUGAGAACUGGAUCCUCCAUGUGGAGCGCUUGGGGAUCACAAACUACCUGAUCCUGAUGGACGACGAUGUGGCCUUCAAAUACCUUGACAGCAAGUUUCCGGGCCACACGGUCCAUCCGUCAGUGAUCUCCAAGGGGUCAAAGCACAUGCCCAAGCCGCUCAUGCGCUACGAUUCCCUGGAUUUCAACAACAUGAUGUGCGACCGCUUGGGCAUUCAGAGGCGGGUCCUGGACUUGGGCUUCUCAUUCCUGUGGACCGACAUGGACACAGUGUGGCUGCAAGAUGCCAGCAAGAUAAUCCCAAGGGGGUUUGAUUUCGUGGGCACGGGAGAUCGCUUCCGCUUUGGGCACGACGAGGAAGAGGAGAACAAGAUAUGUGGCUGCAUGACUUUCUGGACGCCGACGGUGCCGGCCCGGCAGGCGCUGCGAGACUGGCACCAGAAGUGCAUCGACAGCACAGUGGAUGACCAGAGGACUCUGCAGGAGAUGUGGGCGUCUGGUGAGCUCAAGAAGAAGGUGUUCUGGUACAUCAUGCCCUGGCAGCUGUUCCCCUCAGGAGCCCUUCUGGACCAGGUCAAAGUAGAUUUUAGCCGCAGUCAAGCACAGAACCCCGGGGCUGUGCUGCCUGCCGUUAUCCACGCGAAUUACCGGACAGGCGAUGACGCAAAGCGCAAGUUCUUGCAGGAGAGGUUUGCUUGGAAGAUUCCACCCGAGCAGAAAUUUCCAGAGUGCAAGCUAGUGCAGCCUGCCUAG